AUGGGACAAACCCUAACCACCCCUUUGAGCCUUACUUUAGACCACUGGCCUGGUGUCCGCGCCCGAGCCGACAACCUGUCAGUCGAUGUUCGAAAGAAGAAAUGGGUGUUCUUUUGUUUGUCCAAGUGGCCUACUAUUGGGGCAGAAUGGCCAAGAGACGGCACUUCCAAUCUCAAUAUUAUUUCCCAGGUUAAGGCAAAAGUGUUCAGCCGGGGACCACAUGGACACCAGGAUCAACACACCUACAUCGUUACCUGGGAAAGUUUGGCACGUGACCCGCCCCUAUGGGUCCAGCCCUUUGUCAUCUCUAACAAAACCCAACCUCCUCUUACCCCUACAGCCCCUAAGGCUCCCCCUCCUCUGGAGAGCCAACCGCUUGUGCCUCUUCCUCCUGCACCUUCCCCUGCCCCACCCUCUUCUUCCCUAUACCCCUCCAUUCUUAAGGAGAAGAUUCCCAAAGAAAAACCUCUGAAACAUACCCCUGUGCCCCCUUCCGUCCUUCCUCCAAACCCUGACUCUCCCCUCACUGACCUUCUAUUAGAAGAACCCCCUCCUUAUGCAGAUCCAGAGGAUCCAGAGAGUCCGGAUGGGCCAGAGACUGCAGCGGCGGGUGGACAGCCUGCACAAGUCUCCCCAGCCCCUUCACCCAUGGCUGGAAGACUCUGGCGAAGGCGAGAGCCACCCCCUGAUUCCACUUCUCAUGCCCUACCCUUGAGAGAGGGCCCAAACGGCCAACAGCAAUACUGGCCAUUCUCUGCCUCAGAUCUAUACUAUUGGAAACACCAUAACCCCCCAUUCUCCAAAGAUCCAAUAAUGCUGACUAACCUGAUUGAGUCUAUUUUAGUCACCCACCAGCCCACUUGGGAUGAUUGCCAGCAACUCUUGCAAGCCCUGCUGACCUCAGAGGAAAAGCAAAGAGUCUUUUUGGAGGCUCAGAAAAACGUCCCAGCCGACAACGGUAGCCCAAACCUUUUGCCUAACGAAAUUGACAAGGCCUUCCCUCUGAUGCAACCUGACUGGGAUUUUACUACGGCUGCAGGUAGGGGACAUCUACACCUCUAUCGCCAGUUGCUAAUCGUGGGUCUUCGAGGGGCAGCGUGCUACCCCACCAAUUUGGUCCAGGUUAAGCAAGUAAUACAGGGAAAUGAAGAGACACCCUCAGCCUUCUUAGAAAGGCUCAAGGAUGCUUAUAGGAUGUAUACCCCCUAUGACCCUGAAGAUACAGGGCAAGCUACAAGUGUAUCCAUGUCUUUCAUUUGGCAGUCUAGUCCCGAUAUUAGAAGCAAAUUGCAGAGGCUUGAGGGUCUCCAGGGAUAUACUAUACAAGACUUACUAAAAGAGGCAGAGAAGAUUUUCAAUAAGAGAGAGACUCCAGAAGAAAAAGAGGAAAGAUUAUGGCAGAGAAUGAAAGAUCGGGAGGAUGAAAGAGACAAGAGGAGAAACAAGGAAUUAACUAGGGUGUUGGCCACCAUGGUUCAGGAACAGAAUAGAGAGGGAGACAGGAAGGGAGAACAAUUUAGGGCCAAGGUGGACGGAGACCAAUGCGCCUAUUGUAAAGAACAAGAACACUGGAUUAAGGAUUGCCCCAGGAGGAACAAAGGUCCUAGGAAGCCCAGGCUCCAAACCUCCCUCCUCACCUUAGAGGAUUAG